ACACUCUGCAGGCUGUACAGUGCAUGGAAGCGAUACGUUCUCCAAGCUGAGGCUGGGAAGUCUCUGCAGCUUCCCCUUGGACACCCCUACUGAACUUUCUUUGCCGAGCUCCGCGACGAAGCGCUCAAUGAGCCACCAGCGCAGACCACUGUAACUUCAGAAGAACGCGGGGGGGGCUAGGCUGCCCUUCACAGAGGACGGGGAGAUGAUCACUCGACUUUCCCUGCUGGUUCUUGCUGCCUGCUUUGCUGCGGACCUGGUACAAGCGGGAGGGAAGAAGAACUAUCAGGGGCCAUGUGCAGGACGAGAUUGCAGCGGGGGCUGCAAAUGCUUUCCAGAAAAAGGAGCCCGGGGUCGUCCAGGUCAGCUUGGAGCUCAGGGUCCAAUGGGGCCCCCAGGUUUCUCAGGGCCAAGCGGAGUUGCUGGACCAAAGGGUGAAAGAGGAACUCAAGGCUUACCAGGACCAUCUGGGUCAAAAGGCGACCAGGGCCCUAUGGGAGUUCCAGGGUUCCAAGGUGCCAAUGGAGUACCUGGUUAUAGUGGACAGCCAGGUCACAGAGGCUUGCCUGGACUGGAUGGUUGUAAUGGUACCACUGGAGAUGACGGUUUUCCUGGGUCUUCUGGUUUUUCUGGGCCAGCUGGAUCAUCAGGUAUUCCAGGUCCCAAAGGCCAGAAGGGUGAACCAUCCUAUAUACAAGGUGGAAUUAAAGGACCUAAGGGAGAUGAUGGAACAAAUGGCGCUGAUGGGUUUCCUGGACCACGUGGCCCAGCUGGAUCCUCUGGACUGACAGGGCCAGCUGGUCUACCAGGCUUACCAGGUCCACCUGGUCCACCUGGAUUUAUUGGACCAAAGGGUAAUAUGGGAGUUGGUUAUCAAGGAGAGAAAGGAGAGAAGGGAGACACUGGCGGUCAGGGUGACCCAGGACCUCCAGCAUCUAGUGGAAUGGAAUUCUCAACCUUUCUUAAAGGAAUCCCAGGAGAACUGGGAGACAGUGGUGAUCCUGGAUAUCCUGGAACACCUGGAAUGCCUGGGCCAGCUGGGUUUAAUGGAAAAGGAGAGAAAGGGGAGAAAGGUAUUCCUGGUCUUCCGGGUGUAAGGGGCUUUCCGGGAACAGAUGGAUUUAAUGGAUUUCCUGGAGAUAAGGGGAAUACUGGACCUCCUGGGCUCAUUGGGCUUGAUGGUUUCAAAGGCGUUAAGGGUGAACAGGGUGACAUAGGUUUUCCUGGGGCACCCGUGUAUAUAAAUAACGGUGGAUCAGCAUUUCCAGGUUUACCAGGAGAUCCAGGUGUUCCUGGGUUUCAAGGUAUGCCAGGAGAUGAUGGAUUCACUGGUACUCCCGGCUUUCCUGGACCCCCGGGGUUUCCAGCAUUUGGAAGAGGUCGACCUGGUCCUUCCGGCUUUCCAGGUAUUCAAGGAUACAAAGGGGAUAUAGGAGAUCCAGGUAGAGCAGCUUAUGGUCCACAAGGAAUCCAAGGAAACCUUGGACCACAAGGGCCACCUGGAUUUCGAGGACCUCCAGGACCACCUGGACCAGGACGACAGAUUGGUGGUGAACCUGGAAAACCAGGAGAGAAGGGAACGCAAGGUCCUCCAGGGAGAUUUGGAGACAAAGGAUUGAAAGGUGAUGAUGGUGACUGUGCUUGUGGUGGCAUAGAUAAUGCACGUGGUAGGAUCGGACCACCUGGACCUCCAGGUCCACCCGGAAGUAAUGGUUUUCCAGGAUUUACGGGACCUAGUGGAGACCCAGGAAGGAGAGGAUCAGUGGGUCCAUCUGGACCUCCUGGGUCUCCAGGCACUGCUGGUGUUCCAGGACUUAAAGGAGAGAAAGGAGAACCAGUUUACCCAUCCGGUCGUGGAGUUCGUGGAGAUCCUGGAGCUGUAGGACUUAGAGGAGCCCCUGGACUUUCAGGAAAGGCAGGAAGAGAUGGGCUCCCGGGGUUGCCAGGUCGUAAAGGAUUUCCUGGAGAAGGUGGAGCUGGUAAUCCUGGUGAGAAGGGAUUUCCAGGGCCCCUGGGCCAAAAAGGUCGCCGUGGAGAAAGUGGACUUCCUGGUAUUGGCUUUCCUGGUUUACCUGGCUCUCGUGGUCUGCCUGGUGAUCCUGGGCUCCCAGGACAAGAUGGGCGACUAGGUGAUCCAGGACCACCUGGUGACUGCUGCUGCGGGGACAAUGUUGGUAAUGGAGACUUAGUCACAGAGGGAGGGCAAACUUUACCAUGCAUAAUUGCUGGGGAACCAGGUGACCCAGGAAUGCCCGGUGACCCUGGACCUGUAGGACCUAGAGGUGAAAAAGGAUUCCCUGGAAUCCCAGGGCUCCGUGGCUUUGAUGGCGGUAGCGGACAACCGGGCAGUCCAGGUCUUGGUGGAUUUCCAGGACCACAAGGCUUUACAGGUCCCCGUGGAGAUGAAGGCCCUUCUGGAUUUCCUGGCCUGGAUGGCAUUGAUGGACCUCCAGGCAAGUUCGGACUUCCUGGUUUGCCUGGUUUCAAAGGAGCACGUGGUGAAGUAUUAGGGGCGGAGCCUGGUGCUGCUGGUGAACCUGGAAGACCUGGAUUCAUAGGAGAUAAAGGAGUUCGUGGAGACUCUGGAUUCGAUGGGCAAAAAGGCUUAGAUGGACGACCUGGAUUGAUGGGAGCUAAAGGUGAAAGGGGUAAUUCAGGAUUUCCAGGUGGACCAGGUCCCAGAGGUCUGCCAGGAUUUGGAGGAGAAGCUGGCAUUAAGGGGAAACAAGGACCAAUGGGAGAUAUUGGACUCCCAGGGUCAUCAGGCUGCCAAGGCUUUCCUGGAGCAAAGGGUAUACCUGGAAACAGAGGUUCCCCAGGUCCAGCUGGUAUGAAAGGUAGUCCAGGUCCUAAUGGAGAUGCAGGUCGUCCUGGUGAUUUAGGACCAUCUGGACCCCCAGGACCAAGUGCUCGAGAUGGACUGCCAGGCUUUCCAGGAGCUAAAGGUGAUAAAGGAUCUCUCGGUCUGAUCGGCUUUCCUGGUAUGCCUGGACGUCCGGGCCGUCCUGGUAGCAGCGGAUUUAAAGGAUAUGAUGGAUUACCUGGAAGAAAUGGUGCUCCAGGACUUGAAGGUCAAAAGGGGGAGAAAGGCAGCGCGGGUGACCCUGGCCCACGAGGUCCAGCAUCGAUUGUAAAUGAGAACAUGCUUUUAGGAGAACCUGGAGAACCUGGAAGAAACGGACAACCAGGGUUCCCUGGCCCCCGAGGUGAUAAAGGUUUCCCUGGUCUACCUGGGUCACCUGGCCUCCCUGGAUUCUCAGGAACACCAGGAAGAGAUAAAGGUCAAGGUGGAGAUCCUGGGCUUCCUGGAGCAUUUGGAAGGCCGGGUCCUCCUGGUAUUAAAGGCUCACUAGGGAUCAUAGGAUUUCCAGGGAUGCCAGGAAUGAAUGGUGCAGAUGGAUUACCAGGUAGCCCUGGUUUUGCUGGUGCGCCUGGACGACCUGGUGAAAAAGGUGACCGCGGGGAAUCUUUAGGGCAGCCUGGUGCUCCGGGACUUAAGGGAGAACGUGGAUUACCAGGAAAUCCAGGUGGAAGAGGCUUUGAUGGACUCCCAGGAGAUGUUGGACCAUAUGGAAGACCUGGAAGCCCAGGAGUAAAAGGCUUGCCUGGAGAGUUUGGCCGUCCAGGACAACCAGGAUCUCCUGGCCUUCAGGGAUUUCGGGGAAACCCUGGGUUUGUUGGAACCCCUGGAUUACCUGGACCUCAGGGAUUCCCUGGACCUGCAGGAGCCCCAGGUCUUAAAGGAUUUCCUGGUUUUUCUGGGCUGGAUGGAUUAAAUGGCUUGCCUGGCACAAGAGGAUUACCCGGCACACCUGGUUUAAGUGAAGCUGGACGGCCGGGAACUCCUGGAUUUCCAGGUCCUAAAGGUGAAAAAGGAUCUCCCAACACAGUCCCUGGACAACCUGGAUUUAAUGGUUCUAAAGGCAAUCGUGGAGAUCCAGGUCUUACUGGUGUUCCUGGAACUUCUGGACCACCUGGGCCACCAGGAAUAACAGAUACUUUACCUGGAUUCCCCGGAGACCCUGGACCGCCUGGACUAGAUGGAGAGAUGGGAUUGCCAGGACGUGCUGGACCACGUGGUCCCCCUGGUCCAGCCUCCAAUCAAGGAGACACAGGAGAUCCUGGAUUACCAGGAUCACCUGGCAGAGCCAGUAUGAAAGGAGAUGCAGGUUUCCCUGGAAAUCCUGGCAGCCCUGGAGCUCCUGGUAUGAAAGGUCUAAGAGGUGAUCCAGGAUUCAUUGGGAGUCCUGGAAAAGAGGGUGCUUUUGGAGAUCCCGGAUAUCCUGGACUCAAGGGAGAAAAGGGGAACCAAGGUUUUCAAGGUCCAACGGGGCGCCCAGGUCCACCUCCCUUAGAUAUAGAUUCUUCUCUUGCAAUUCCUGGUCUUCCUGGUAUCAAUGGCUUUGAUGGUGCGCCAGGUGAAAGAGGUCUACAGGGAGGAGCAGGAACUCCCGGCAGCAAAGGUUUUCCUGGCCGUCCAGGGCAGAUGGGAAGGAAUGGAACACCAGGUCAGCCUGGGUUUAUUGGUGAUGCUGGUGACCCAGGUAUUCCAGGGACCUCAGGAUUUGAAGGUUCUCCAGGAAAACAGGGCUCCGCUGGACUACCUGGUAUGCCUGGAAGGAGUGUAGGUGUUGGCUAUACCUUGGUGAAACACAGCCAGGCUGAAACAAUUCCUCAGUGUCCAGUCGGAAUGAACAGACUUUGGGAUGGCUACAGUUUGCUCUAUGUAGAAGGACAGGAAAAGGCUCACAACCAAGACCUUGGUCUUGCUGGAUCUUGCCUGCCCCGAUUUAGCACAAUGCCUUUUGUCUACUGUAAUAUCAACGAGGUCUGCUAUUAUGCCAGCCGAAAUGACAAGUCUUACUGGCUGUCCACCAGUGCUCCUAUUCCUAUGAUGCCUGUGUCCAGCACCCAGAUUAAAAACUACAUCAGCCGCUGCUCUGUGUGUGAAGCUUCUUCUCAGGCUGUUGCUGUUCACAGCCAAGACAACAGCAUCCCACAAUGUCCUAAUGGCUGGAGGAGCCUGUGGAUAGGAUACUCUUUCCUUAUGCACACAGCUGCGGGUGCAGAAGGUGGCGGCCAGUCCUUAGUGUCCCCUGGCUCAUGUCUGGAAGACUUCCGGGCCACUCCAUUCAUCGAAUGCAAUGGCGCUCGAGGAACCUGCCAUUACUUUGCCAACAAGUACAGUUUUUGGCUCACUACUGUGGAUGAAACAAGGCAGUUUGCUGGGGCGCCCCCCUCCGAGACACUAAAAGCUGGGCAACUUCGAACACGUGUCAGCCGCUGUCAGGUGUGCAUGAAGAACUUGUAGCACAAUUGCUUUCCCAAGAACUCCUUCCAGCCUCCAUCAGUGUAUACAAAGGCACGCAAGCUGGCCAUUCUGAUCAAAGGCAUUCGCCUCGGAACUAGGAGAUUACAAUAAGGCACUUUUUUUUUAACGAAAUAGCAAAUAAUAUCUGCUGUAAAGUCAUCAGUCAGAUGAUAAGUGAGAGGCCAUACAAUGAAGUAUGGACAGGUCACAUUUUGGAGAGGAAAUAUUUGAAAAGAAAUGGUGCUAGUCUAUUGUGUAUUAUUCAUGGCUACCUCAGAAAGGCCUCCGUAAAUCUGAAUCUGUGGUACGGUAGUCUCAUGCUGAUCACUGAAUUUCAUCCAUGGUGCUAGAUAGGAUUUGUCUUGGAGAGAAAGAGCUUCAAGACAAGUUCAUGACUCAAUCUGGAAGAACCAAACAGCUGUAUUGUAGUCACUUGUGUGUGAUAUUUGAAUGUUACCCUGAAAGCAGAUGAGAGUGCCAGUCAAAGCAAAGAACUGUGCUUGAUG